UUGUAUUCAUCCAUAAUGGGAGGAGAAAUUUGAUAGAAAUGACUACUGAAGGACACUGACUGUUGGUUCUCAUUAAACUGUAGAGAGUAGCUGCUGUCAGGGAGUCUCUGGUCUUCAUCCCUGGUCCUGAUCCACAUCUUGAACUGCAUUCCUGAGCUCAGGGAUGGAUUCAGUAGCGUCACACACUUCCAGUAAUGUAGGGAUGUGAUUGAAUGUAAAAACAGAGGAGGAGCAGCUGUGUUCAGGUGAUCCAGGUGAGGCAGUCCAGCCAGGAAACAGGAAGUGAAGGACCGAGAGAGUUCAGACUCCAACGGACAGACUGAGAGAGAAGGAGGAGCAGUGACUGAAGAUGAGUGGUGUGGAUGAAGAGGAGGACGGACCAGAGUGUGUGGACAGUUUGCUGUUCUCAGUCAGAAUCAUUCCAGCUGCACUCAGGAUGAUUCAACCCUCACUGACCAUCAGCCGAACUGGAAAAAUACACAAAGCAGGAUCUUCAGGAUGCACCAGGUUGUCCAUGAAGAGUGACAAGUCCAAAGACGAACCACCACUCUUCAGUGUUGAACCUGGACCUUCACACAUAAAAGAGAAGAAGAGGACUGAUGUGUGUGAGGAGCAGCCAGAAAGAUCCAGAAGCGCCGCUGCACUAAGUGUGGGUCUGCAGCAGCUUCUAGAAGAACAUAAGAAGAGUGUGAGGAGGAGAUGUGAACGUGUGACUGAAGGAAGUGAUGAAGCAGGAGGAGGAAGCCUCCUCAACAGGAUCUACACUGAGCUCCACAUCACAGAGGGACUCAGUGAGGAGCUUCAGAGGGAACCUGAGCUGAAGCAGCUGGAGACAGCUUCCAGGAAGGAGAGCCUCCAUCACACUGCCAUCAGGGUUCAGGACAUCUUCAAAGCCUGGGCCCAGCAGCACACACACAUCCGAGUGGUUGUGACCAGCGGCGUGGCCGGCAGCGGAAAAACCUUCUCGGUGCACAAGUUCAGUCUGGACUGGGCCGAGGGCCUGGAGAACCAGGAUGUCAGUGUGCUGGUGGUGCUCUCCUUCAGGGAGCUGAACCUGCUGGGAGAGCGGCCGUACAGUCUCCUCUCGCUGCUGGCUGUUUUCCAUCCCACGCUCCAGAAGCUGACGGCAGAGGAGCUGGCCGUCUGCAAGCUGCUCUUCAUCUUUGACGGCCUGGAUGAAAGCAGACUUUCUCUGGACUUCGGCGGCGGCCGGCGGCUGCUGGACGUCUCCCAGCAGUCUUCGGUGGGCGAGCUGCUCACUAACCUCAUCCGGGGGGAUCUGCUGCCCUCGGCUCGGAUCUGGAUCACUUCCCGACCGGCGGCGGCCCAUCAGAUCCCUCCAACAUGUGUGGACAGACUGACAGAAGUGCGAGGCUUCACUGACGCCCAGAAGGAGGAGUACUUCAGGAGGAGGCUGAGUGAUGAGGAGCUGAGCAGCAGAAUCAUCUCCCACAUCCAGACCUCCAGGAGCCUCCACAUCAUGUGUGGAAUCCCAGUCUUCUGCUGGAUCACUGCUACAGUUCUGGAGCACAUGUUGAGCAGCGAGCAGAGAGGAGAGCUGCCCCAGACCCUGACUGACAUGUACUCCCACUUUGUGCUGCUUCAGACACACAGGAAGAAGCUCAAGUACCAUGAAGGACCUGAGACGGGUCCACAGGAGCUGACGGAGGCUGACAGGGAGCUUCUUCUGAAGCUGGGCAGGAUGGCCUUGGAACAUCUGGACAAAGGAAACAUCCUGUUCUACCAAGAAGACCUGGAGCAGUGUGGUCUGGAUGUGACUGAGGCCUCGCUGUACUCUGGAAUCUGUACUCAGAUCUUCAAGAGAGAGUCUGUGAUCUUCCAGAAAGCCGUCUACAGCUUCGUCCAUCUGACUGUUCAGGAGUUUCUGGCUGCAGUCUUCAUGUUCCACUGUUUCACCAGCAGGAAGACAGACGUGCUGGAGACCUUCAUUGGAGAGGAGGAUGAGAAUGAUGAGUUUAAUGAUGAUGCUUUCCACUCCUUGGACAACUUCCUGAGUAUGGUUCUUGAGAAAUCCCUCAGCAGUCAGAACGGCCACCUGGACCUGUUUGUCCGCUUCCUUCAUGGCCUCUCUCUGGAAUCCAACCAGAGACUCUUAGAAGGUCUGCUGGGUCCAACAGAGAUCAGUCCAGAAACCAUCCAGAGAGUCAUCCAGAACCUGAAGGAGAUCAGCAGUAAGGAAGUGUCUCCAGACAGAAGCAUCAACAUCUUCCACUGUCUGAUGGAGAUGAAGGACCUCUCAGUCCAUCAGGACAUCCAAGAGUUCCUGAAGUCAGAGAACAGAUCAGAGAAGAGACUCUCUGAGAUCCACUGCUCAGCUCUGGCCUACAUGCUGCAGAUGUCAGACCAGGUCCUGGAGGAGUUGGACCUGAAGAAGUACAAGACAUCAGAGGAGGGACGACGGAGACUGAUCCCAGCUGUGAAGAACUGCAGGAAGGCUGAUCUUUCUGGCUGCAGACUCUCUGACCCUCACUGUGAAGUGAUCUCCUCAGCUCUGACCUCUGACCCCUCCCAUCUGAAACAUCUGGACCUGAGUGGGAACAUUCUGAAGGAUUCCUCAGUGAAGAUUGUGUGUUCUGGACUGGAGAGUCCAAACUGUAACCUGGAGACUCUGAGGUUGAGGAGCUGCAGUUUGUCAAAGAUCAGCUGUUCUUCUCUGGCCUCAGCUCUGAAGUCCAACCCCUCCCUCCUGAAAGAGCUAGAUCUGCGUUCCAACUGCCUGUGGUCUCCAGAUGUGCAGCAGCUGGUUGCUCUCCAGCAGAGUCCAGACUGCAGCCUGCAGACUCUGAGCUACUGAGAGCAGAGAGGAGGCUGUGAGUCCUGAAGAUCUACUGAGAGCAGAGCUUCCUUUCAGAAGAACCGGCAGAAGAUCUUUGAAACUUCCUGCUGGUCUUCCUCCUCAUUCUUUUCCUCGCCAUGGCUCCUCCUCCCCCAUCCUAGGACUAAAUCUCUUCAUUUCUGAGUCAUGUGACAGAAAACAGGAGAACUUUUGGACUGACUGCAGAAGAAAAAUGAUGAAUUGUUCAGUCAUGUAAUUCUCUGCUUGGUGAAUUUUUUCAUUCCUCUGAAUCACAUUUUAAAGUCAAUCCUCAACUUUCAAUGAUUUCUAAUUGUUAGCAGCUCAGUAAAAAUAAUCAAACUACUAAGACACAGAUCUUAGACACAAUCUUUGAAACAGUCCAGAUUCAUUUGUCCUCUUUGUUCAUAAAAACUCUAUUUUGAUCAAUA